CUCCGGGGGCUCGGCUUCUGUGGCGUGUUGUAGCUGUUACGGUCAUGUGUAGUAGAAUCAUGCGAGAAAACAUGGAAGAUCUCUUGUCGCCCAACCUGUGGCGCUCCCUGGCGGCCGAGACUUUUGGGACCCUGGUGGUCGUGUUCCUCGGCUGCGGGGCCUGGAUCCCGUGGGACCUGCCGAACAAGCCGACGGUGGUUCAAAUCUCGCUGACGUUCGGCCUGGCCGUCGGGACGAUGGUGUGGUGUUUCGCCCAUAUCAGCGGCGGCCACCUGAACCCGGCGGUGACGGCGGCGAAGCUGGUGACGCGUCACGUGAGCAUCGUCAGGGGCCUGUUGUACAUGGUGGCGCAGGUGCUCGGCGGCAUACUCGGUGCGGGCAUUCUCUACGGCCUCACCCCCGCGGCGCUGAGGGCGAGUCUGGGCGCCACCGUGCUCAACAGGGCGGUGUCCCCGGCCCAGGGUUUCGGAGUGGAGCUCAUCGUCACCUUCGUGCUGGUUUUGGCCGUGUUUGCGUCGUCCGACGAACAGAGAAAAGAUUUACGUGGAUCCGGCCCUCUCACCAUCGGCCUAGCUGUCGUCGUGUGUCACCUGUUUGCGGUUCCCUUCACAAUGUCCGGUUUGAAUGCAGCCCGAAGUUUCGGCCCAGCUGUCAUCAUGGGAAUCUGGGAUAACCACUGGGUCUACUGGGUGGGUCCGAUCGUAGGAGGAAUGGUGGCCGGAGUCUUGUACGAAUAUGUCUUCUCUGCUGGGGCCACUAUUGACAUAGCGAAGAAAUGCCUACUCCGCAGCAAGAAGAAGCCACUUCCGGAAGACGACGGUGCUCCGAUUGUCGUGGUGGAAGAUGCCAACAAAACCGAAUUGGUCGAGCUAAACGACACGCAGGUGGAGGAGAAGGUCGAAAAGACGGACGAAAAAGCGAAGUUGACUGAUGAUAAUGAAAAAACGGAGUGACUGUUGUAUCAAUAAAUAUUGUUAAUUAUUUUCAUCAGUGUCACCAAAUUUAGGGGUUUUUUUUUAUUCACCUGUACAUGAAUCAUUAAAAAAACAAUUAAUGUUUUAAGAUCUAAUAUUACAAUAAGACUCCCAUUUUAUUUUUGUUAACAGUAACAAUAGUUUUCAGCAUUCUAUUACAUUAUUAUUUUAAUGUAUUUAUUUGUAAUAAGACCUACGUUGUACACAUAAUCCAUACAUAGCUUCAGACAUACUGCUGUUCAAAGAUACAUUAUUCUGUUUUCAUAAAGCCAUACAUGAUACAGUAUUAAAAUAGUUCCAUGAGCGUUACAGAGUCCAUACAUUUAAAUAUAGUAUAUAUACAUGGUCAUUAAUCGGUUGUUUACUUGUUGUACAGUCGUUUACAUUCUAGAUAUUUGUUUACAUUCUAAACAUCUAUUUAUAUUCUUGUCAUCUGUGUAUAUUCUAGUCAAGUGUUUACAUUUUAGUCAGUCAUUUACACUCGUCGUUUAUGAAAAACAGCUCAUUUCUGUUAUAAGGAAGGCUAUAAAUCAGUUGGAUAAUAUCGCAUGCAAAUCACUUGUUUACAAGUCGUCGGACAGUAUACGUGUGUGUGGGUAUUCAUUUAUUUAUAUAUCAUUCAGUUACAGUCUGGUUCAUUUAUAGGACUGUUAUUCAGUUUACCUUUUUAAAAUUUAAGAUUCGAAAGAUUUCUUACUACAAAUCGUGCUUGUGUCAGUAUUAAAGCCACUAGUUCUAAACAGAUAUAAAUUAUGCAUAAAUGGUGAUCUACUAGGGAGUUCAUUUAUAGGACUGUUAUUCUGUUUACUUUUUAAAAUUUAAGGUUCGAAAAGAUUUCUUAGUACAAAUAUUGCUUAUGUAAAUGAGCCACUAGGUCUGUUACUAAACAUAUAUUCAUUAUACAUAAUUGGUGACCUAGUCUGGAGUUUAGACGAAAUCGUUCAGCUGUCUGUGGCCUUACACUUCAGAGGCCUGGAACGUUUGUAAAAGGUUUUAAUACAUGGUCAUGAUGUUAAAAUAGGUUUUAGGUUUUAACUACUACCCGACCAUUACAUUUUGAAUCGUGCUUCGUUUUAAAAGUGGAAAGGUCCAUUUAAAGUUAGGUUUAUGUGUAAACUUUAACAUAUAGGCUAGAUUACCUUGUUAUAUUGAAUUAUACAAUAGGUUUUGAAUCAGUUUGUGCGAGUGACGUUUAUCUCCUACCUCGAAUAUAGAUCACAUGCAUGUAUAUACUACCUAACGUUCGCUAGGGAUCACAUAUGUCAAAUAAAGCAACAACAUUUAUUGUGAUCGUUGAGUGUCAUACCUAAUUGUGGUCAUGCAUUACUGUGGUGAUAAAUGGGACAUCAGGGCGGUACUCUGAUCAAAAUCUGGGGGGGGGGGGGGG